AUGCCCAUCAUGACCUCUCUGCUGGUUCUGUGGCUGCUGCAGCUGCCUGUGCUACAAGGUGCUGCUAGCUCAAAAGCAGUGUGUGGGAAGCCAGUAAACACACCACGAAUUGUGGGAGGCCAACCGGCCUCUGAUGGGUCGUGGCCCUGGCAAGUCAGCAUUUUACUAGCUGGCCGUCAUUUUUGCGGAGGCGCCCUCAUAGCCAAGCAGUGGGUGCUGACAGCAGCUCAUUGCUUCCUUUGGUCCGCUAACUACACUCACCUAAACGCGGUACAGCUGGGCGCCUAUCAGCUCUCUGACCUGUCAAAUGGCACAGUAAGAUCUGGCAUCCGACGGGUCAUCCUCCACCCUGCCUACAACGGCAAAGAUGGCUCCAGUGGGGAUAUUGCUUUAGUGGAGCUGACAUCCCCUGUGAUUUUCACUGACUCCAUCCUUCCUGUCUGCCUGCCGGAGUCCUCUGUGAAAUUCUCUACCAAAGCAACCUGUUGGGUCACCGGAUGGGGAGCAAUUCGACCUCAAGUUCCGCUGCCAUUCCCACAAACUCUUCAGGAGUUGAAGGUGCCACUGAUAGACCGAGGCAAAUGCAACUUUCUCUUUAACACGGCCAGAAUUAAAAAUAUGGAGUACAAUCCUAUCAAGCCUGAUAUGAUUUGCGCUGGUUACCUGGAAGGUGGCAAAGAUUCGUGCCAGGGUGACUCCGGAGGACCCUUGGUUUGCAAGUGUGAUGGAGCCUGGCACCUGGCUGGGGUUGUGAGUUGGGGGGUAGGCUGCGCCCUACCGAAACUCCCUGGUGUCUAUUCCUCAGUGCCUUUCUAUGCCGAUUGGAUCUCCCAAUAUAUACCCAACAUGAAGUUUAUGGUGUGCAAAAAUGUUUGCAGGCAGCCAAGAGAUGCUCAAAAAAUUGUUGGAGGUCAACCAGCUAUUGAUGGGUCAAGGCCGUGGCAAGCCAGCCUUUUAGUACACGGCUCUUUUUGUGGAGGCUCCCUCAUAGCUGAGCAGUGGGUGAUGACAGCAGCUCACUGCUGCUUACUAUCUACCAGUCUCUCUGAUUAUAAAGUAUUGCUGGGUGCCUACCAGCUCUCAAACCUCUCAGAUAGUGUGGUAUUCUCUGGUGUGGAGCAGAUUAUCCUUCAUCCUGACUACUCUGACAAAACGCACAUUGCAGAUAUUGCUUUGCUUAAACUGGAGACUCCUGUGAAAUUCACCGAUUAUAUCCAUCCUGUCUGCCUGCCAAAUUCUUCUGAACAAUUCCCUAUGGAUGCAGACUGCUGGGUCACUGGUUGGGGAGAUAUUCAACAUGGAGAGAAUUUGCCAUACCCAAGAACUCUCCAGGAAGUGAAGGUGCCACUGAUAAACCAGUCAACCUGCAAUGAUCUCUAUAACAGUGCUCCAGCUCAAGGCUUUUCCAAGGAUCCUAUCCAUCCUGAAAUGUUGUGUGCUGGUUUCCCAGAAGGUGGGAAAGAUUCCUGCCAGGGUGAUUCUGGGGGACCCUUGGUCUGCAAACUCAAAAGUGGCUGGACCCAGGCUGGAAUUGUGAGUUUUGGAGCAGGGUGUGCAGAGCCCAAACACCCUGGUAUCUACACUUCAGUACCUGCCUAUGCCAACUGGAUUCAAGAAAUAACAAAAGUUAAACUGCCAGAAAUCUCCACGAGGCCAAACACCUCCAUGACGCCAAACACCUCCAUGACGCCAAACACCUCCAUGAUGCCAAACACCUCCAUGAGUCCAAAUACCUCCACAAGGCCAAACACCUCCACAAGGCCAAACACCUCCACGAGGCCAAACACCUCCACAAUGUCUACUAAUAGUGGUGGGAAGGAUGUUGGAGUACACAACUCCUCCACAGUGACACUCCUUUUACUCUUCUUUGUGCUAGCCCUUCUGUGA